AUUUUGAGGUUAGUUUUCGAGAAAUUUUGUUUAAUAAUAAUAUCUCAAAUGGAGAUUUAUUUAUUAAUUAAUAGAAAUAAUCAUACGUAAAUAAUUCCCAACAACGUUUGAUUUUGUGUGUUGUUAAUCUAUUUUCCACAUUGAAAAUAGAUGAUAAAUUUUUGGAGUAAAGUUAAGAAUAUAUUUUUUUAAUUAAAAAAAAAGAGUUUUUCUUUUCUAUCAAAAAAUAUAAUAAUGUCGCGCCAGGAUGCCGAUAUCGACUGUGAUAAAGUAUUAGAUAACAAAAAUGUAGACUUAAAUAGUUAUAGAAAACUAGUAAAGUCUUAUAUUGAUUUGCAUCUUUAUAAUGCAGCCCUAUUCUGGGCUGAUAAGGUUUUAUCCUUGAGUAACGGUAAUCCAAAGGACGUAUGUAUACUUGCACAAUGUAUGUUUUUAUUGAAACAAUAUCACCGAGCAGCUCAUCUCAUCAAAAGUCGAGGUCUCGAAAAAAAAGACAUCAUGUGUCAUUAUUUGGCAGUUCGAAGUUUAUUGGAGGCAAACGAAUUCACGGAGGCAUUGUCAGUGAUAAAUGAAUUUGAAAUUUGCAACAAUAUGUCUCAAUUAAGUGCCAGUUUUGUAGAUCAUUCUAAUAUUCUAGAUACUCCAAAAAAUGUACAAAGUGCCAUUCUUUAUGUGAAGGGAAGAGUUUACGAGGCAAUGGACAAUCGAGCUAUGGCAACUGAUUGUUAUAAACAAGCCCUACAAUGCGAUGUUUAUUCAUAUCAGGCCUUUGAGGCUCUCGUUCAAAAUCAAAUGUUAUCGGCCGCUGAAGAAAAAGAACUUUUGGAGUCCUUGCCUUUAAGUGAACAAUGUACAGAAGCGGAGGCGGAAUUUUUGCGUUUAUUGUACGACAGUAAAUUGAAAAAAUAUCAGGAACCAUCGGAAAGUCAUGCGGUAACUUCUUGUGGAGUUAUGGGAGUCCUCGUCACUGAUCGACUAAGAGGAAAUCUUGAUAUGCAAGUCUCAGAAGCUGAACGACUUUAUUACAAUUGCGAUUAUCAGCAGUGUUUUUCACUCACCGAAAGUAUUCUCAAAAAGGAUCCUUAUCACAAUGGCUGCUUGCCUGUUCAUAUUGCCUGUUUGGUUGAAUUAAAGAAGACGAAUGCACUGUUUUACUUGGCUCAUAAAUUAGUGGAUUUUUAUCCAGAAAUGGCACUCGCUUGGUUUGCGGUCGGUUCUUACUACUUCAGCAUAGGCAAAAGUGAUCCGGCGAGAAGAUAUCUAGCGAAAGCAACGGCCCUGGAUCGAUUAUUUGGUCCAGCUUGGCUCGCUUAUGGACAUUCGUUCGCUGUCGAAAAUGAGCACGAUCAGGCAAUGGCUGCUUAUUUCAAAGCAUCACAAUUAAUGAAAGGCUGUCAUUUACCGCUUUUGUAUAUUGGACUUGAAUGUGGAUUGACAAAUAAUCUUAAACUUGCUGACAAAUUCUUCCAACAAGCACAAACAAUUGCUCCAAAUGAUCCAUUCGUCAUCCAUGAAAUGGGAGUUAUUUCUUAUCACAAUGGAGAUUACAAGUCGGCAGAACGUCAAUUUAAGGAGGCAAUGAAAAAAAUUCAGUGUGGAUUGAAGGAUGUCAUUUUGCCAAAUAAAUGGGAGGCGCUUCUCAAUAAUUUAGGACACACUUGUAGAAAAAUGAAAAAAUAUGACGAUGCAUUAGAAUAUCAUCAGCAGGCCCUGGUCUUAAAUCCAUUGAAUCCGACGACUUAUGCGGCAAUUGGAUUCAUUCAAUCGAUGAUGGGAAACUUGCAGGACGCCGUCGAUUCCUGUCACAGAGCUCUUGGUCUCAGAAGGGACGACACAUUCACCACAACAUUAUUAGGCUAUUUAAUGGAGCAAUUAAUUGACGAAUCUCCUCCAUAUCAAGAUGCACCUCUUGAAAUACCAGCGUACAAAUUUCCCGAAACAAAAUUUCCCACCGAAACAAGUGAAAAUCCAUUGAGCACAUCGGAUGGACAAGAUCAAAAUAUGGAUAAAUUGAGAGUGAACCUAUUUUCCGCAUGGGGUGAAGAUUCGGCAAAAGUUGAGGACAAUUCAACGGAGAAAGUUGAAAGAUCUCGUGAUUCAUUGGUUAAUUAUUCAUCGAGUGACAUGAGUUCAGAAGUUGAAAUGUUGGAUUCAUCGACAGCUCAUAUAGAAUAUAGCUAAAAAUUAAUUUAUAUAAUCAUCUAUUUGAUUAUAUGUCAUUCUUUUUAUAAUUUUUUUUGUUUUUAUUUUUUAUUUUUUUUCUAAGUUUUGUCACUUUUUUAAAUUAUGUAUUAUUAUUUUUUUUUAAAGAAUCAAAAAAUUUAACUUCUGAAUAUUUCUUUUCCAAAUAAUAUUGUGCUACUAUUUUCGGUAAAGAAGUAAAAAAAAAACAAAGCACAAUUUACAUUUUACAAUUCAAUUUUUCGAAUUUCUUUUUUUUUAAACCCAAUCAAAUUUUGGCGAAAUAUUUAUGUAUUUUUAUUUUAUUAAUUUAGAAUAUAAAAGUUAAUAAGUUUAUAUAAAUUUCGAAUUCUUACCAAUUACGUUUGAGUUACGAUAAUUUAUUGAUCUCUGUAAUUUAUAAAUAUAAAAAAAUACAGUUUGUUAUUAUUACCGAA